AUGCCGCGCUCCUCAUACUAUCUAUUAGCUCUCCUGCUAUCAUUCAUUGCAACCUUCCUCUGGUUCUCAUCAAGCGUCAAAUCCUCAACCAAAACGCCAAUCUUAACUCUCGCAUACGGCUCCUGCUCCUGUCCUCCAGGCUCCGACCAAGCCAAAACUGACCUCACACCCUCCUCGCCACCUAUCAAACCAUCAUCAUCUCUCCCUACAGGGAUAACAAUAACCUCGCCAUCACCUAUCCCACCACUCCACCCAUCCUCCGACUCCACCCCAGAACCACCAACAUCAUACUACCUCCCCUACACACCAACAACCCAACUAUCCCGCCACCCCUUCCCCUCCAAACUUUGGCAAAAAGCCGGCCCCAACGGCAUAAACGAAGACCGCCAAAAAGACAUCCAAUCAUGGCUAUCCCAAAACCCCUCCCUGCGCCAUGAAAUCUUCACAGACGGAUCCGCAGAGCAAUACGUCCGCGAUCAAUUCUCCAAAUUCCCCGACAUCAUCGACACAUACACAGACCUGCAAGUCCCCAUCCUGAAAGCAGAUUUCCUGCGCCAAUUAAUCCUCUACGCGGACGGGGGCGUCUGGAGCGAUCUCGACGUAACAUGCCACAUCCCCAUAUCCGCCUGGAUACCGGAUGCAUAUAAAAACGCGACGAAUCUAGUCGUCGGUCUUGAAUUCGACGGGAACCAAUUCGCUAGUUGGACCGUCAUGGCGAAGCCCAGAUCUAGCCAUAUCGCCGCUGCGAUUGAGUAUAUCAUGGAUGCGCUGGAAGAUUCGGCUGAGCAAGCGAAUACGACUAUUUCGGGGUUGACGAUGAAAACGAUUAGUGAUGUCGUUGCUGUUACGGGGCCGCAGGCUAUGACGCGGGCUAUUUUGCAGAGUGUUUCGAGGGAGUUGGGGGAGAGGGUUGAGGGGGGGAAUGUGUCGGGCUUGCAUGAGCCAGUUUUGUUGCGUGAUGUUUUGGUUUUGCCGAAUGCGGCUUUUGGGGCGAUGCAGGCUGGUUGGCCUACGGAUCAGGGACCAUAUUUGGUGGAGCAUCAUUAUGCGGGGUCUUGGAAGAAUGAUCAUGGUGGGGAGAGUGGGGGAGAUAAGGAUGGUAGUGGUGAUGGUUCUGUUGAGAAGGAUGGUGGGCAGGAGGAGGAGGGGGGGGAGGGCGAGGGUGAGAGUGAGAGCCACGGUGACAGCAGAGUUAAGAGUGAGAUUCGAGAGAGGUGA